AUGCAAUACAACGAACCAUCUCUGAUGUAUAGCUUCAAUGACACAAAUCUCUACGACUCUAGAAGCAUGAUUGAUGAGUCUGUCAACUUUCCUGCUACUCCAAUUGCACCAAACAGGAAUGGAGGAGGAGGGUCCUAUCGAACUACUACGACACCAUCUGGCAUGCCACGGCCACCUGUCACACCAUCAUCAGUGGCACCAUCGAUAACACUUACAACACCAUCGUCAACUACAAAUGGUGGAGCACCAACAAGACUGUACAACAACAACUACACCUACAACGAUAGGAGAGGUGACCUAUCAUCCACUACAACAAGAGGUGUUCGAUUUGAGGAUACAGUUGGCUAUCAAGAGAACUUUGCUGAUGAUGCCAACAAUGUAAUCGAAUCAAUGCAACAAUCUCAACAGAGGAGAGAACAGUUGCAACGUAACAACAGCUCAAACUUCAGUUCAAGAGGAGGAGGAGGAGUGGACAGCAUCAACAAUAUGCCAAGUCCAGUCACUGUUGAAUCAUCAUCAACGAUGGGCCCCACUGCUCUCUACCCAAGAGACUAUGUCAAUGGACUCUACAGGAACAACAACAAUGCCCAUAGCUCAACAAAGAUGGCCCCACCGCAACCAACCUCUGCCACAAUGGGACAUCCGGUAGCGCCAAAGGUCACAUCAUUUAAUCUGAGCUCGACUGAACAGUACGCAGAACUGAUGGUCAAGUACAAGAAUGAGAAGAUGAGGGCGGACCAACGAGAAGGAGAGCUGCAAGAGCUGAAAGGUGUGCAUAUGGAGAACAUUAGGAAGUUGGAUCAGGAGCGAUACUCAAGGGACGCUCUGGAGAGAGAAAUUGAGACACUGCGAUAUAGUGUUGACAUACUGCAGGAGGAUCUGAGGAGAUUGCACGAGGAGAAGAGUCAACAAACAUUGGCCCAUCAGAGAGACAUGGCGGCCAAGGAUCAAGAGGCUGAGCAUUUCAGGGGAGAGCUUGAGCGAAUGCGUCCAUCGCUGCUCAAGUAUCAAGAGUCUGAGAAGGAGAUACAGAGAGGUGUGGAGGACUUUCAGAAACAACUGGUUGAUUUGAGGCACCAUUCAGAAUCAGAGCUAAUGUCAUUGAAGGCAAUCAAUCAUCAGCUCAGCGAGCAACUAGAGUCAAAGAAGAAGGAAGUAGAGAAAAAGGAUCGUGGAUUGGCCAAGGCAGGAAAGAUUAUCAAUGGUCUCGAUGAAGAUAUCAAAGACAAGUCAAACAGACUUCAGAGACAACAAGUCGAGAUGCAACAGUCUUUGAACAAGAAGGAUCAGGAGUUAAUCCAUUUGAAGGCCACAUUGGAGAAGGAUCGUCAAUACCUGUCAAGGUUAUUGAAGGAGAAGGAGCAAGAGUAUCACCAGAGUCUUUCAUCGGCCGUCAAUACCUAUAAUGAUGAUGUUCGACGACAGAAGCUCGAGUUCCAGAAUGCCAUUCAAUCACAAAAGGACAACUAUAAUCGAUUGCUUCAAGAUAAUAACAGAAGAUUGGAUUAUGAUGAUAACAACAACACAAGAACAAACAGUACCAGCAGCAGCAGCAGCAGCAGCAGCAGCAGUGGAGGCAUGAGGAGUACACCACGAGUAACUCCAAUGUCUACAAUGCCAUCCUCCACAACCCAGCCACCCAGAGGAAUACUGAGGUAA